GGUCUGACCUACCAGAAACAUGGCAACCAGCGCUGUCCCCAGUGACAACCUCCCCACGUACAAGCUGGUGGUGGUGGGCGAUGGGGGUGUGGGCAAGAGUGCCCUCACCAUCCAGUUUUUCCAGAAGAUCUUUGUGCCUGACUACGAUCCCACCAUUGAAGACUCCUACCUGAAACAUACAGAGAUUGACAAUCAAUGGGCCAUCUUGGAUGUUCUGGACACGGCUGGGCAGGAGGAGUUCAGCGCCAUGCGAGAGCAGUACAUGCGGACAGGUGAUGGCUUCCUUAUCGUCUACUCGGUCACCGACAAGGCCAGCUUUGAGCAUGUGGACCGCUUCCACCAGCUCAUCCUUCGAGUCAAGGACAGGGAGUCGUUCCCGAUGAUCCUUGUGGCCAACAAGGUCGAUUUGAUGCACUUGAGGAAAAUCACCAGGGAACAAGGAAAAGAAAUGGCAACCAAACACAAUAUUCCGUACAUAGAAACCAGUGCCAAGGACCCACCUCUCAAUGUCGACAAAGCCUUCCAUGACCUCGUUAGAGUAAUUAGGCAACAGAUUCCUGAAAAAAGCCAGAAGAAGAAGAAGAAAACCAAGUGGCGGGGAGACCGGGCCACUGGCACCCACAAACUGCAGUGCGUGAUAUUGUGAUGGGCCUGAGGCCUAGGGCAUGGCGACCGUGAACUGGCCAGCCCUCGGGACCCCUCCAUUGCCUAACUGCACUGAAAACCAUUUCUAACCGCAACCCUUGGCCCAAGACUUGGCACAGGAAGGGAGAAAGGGAGGAUGGGCAGGGAGGAGAUAGGGUUUGUCUUUGCCAAAGGGCGCAGGCUUUCCAGUCUCUCACAAGAGACAAGGAAGCAACACAUAAACAGAAGCAGCAUCCAAGCCCCUCAUGUGUUUAUUCAACCCAGUUCCUCCCCUUCUCUUAGUGGGUGUGUGGCUUCUUUUAACUAUAUAGUGUUGAUUUGAUGUGGAGGUAUUUAUCCAUGUACAGAUACAAAACAAGCCAUAAGCAAACUUUUCCCCCAUGCCCCCAGUCAACGGUGUCUAAGUUUGGAUGUCUUUUCUAGACUUUUAAAAUUAUUUUAGUGAUUCUUAUUUUAUUAAAGGGAUCUGCCUGCUGAUUGGUGAAAUUUCUCAUCUUCAGAAAACCUCUCUGAUAACAAGUCUGGAAGGUUUCGUUUUUGUUUUUUUAAACUGAGUUCUCCCAGCAGUAUCAAAACUCAAUAUGAAAGUAUAGUGACUUAGAGAACAGAAGUUAACGGGAACUGUUGCUGGAGGCCUCAGGUCCUGGACCAAACCCUGGAGGGAAACAGACCCUACUCACAGCCUAUAAACUGAAGAGAACAGAGAUGUGUUUACACAGAGGACUUUGUGUGGUUGAGACUAGGAAACAGAAUUUUACUUUGGGGAGAGGAGAGGCCAGCAUGUCACUGCUAAAAGAGGUUUUCAUUACCUGGAAAUGUAUAAGCUGAUGGG